GAUCACAUGAUAGGUAAAAUGGCCGAAUAGUUCGCACUAUCUGUCAACAAUUUGUAUUAAACGUUCUUUAAAUCAAGAAGAUGGCAGAAUACUGGCUGAUAUCCGCACCAGGUGACAAAACUUGUCAGCAGACAUUUGACAAGCUAAAUGCUGCAACUGGUAGACCCAACAAUAUUUCCACCAACUACAAGUUUAACCUGCCUGAUCUAAAGGUUGGGACCUUGGACACCCUUGUUGGCCUCUCUGAUGACCUGGGUAAACUUGACACGUACUGUGAGGGUAUCUCCAAGAAGGUUGCUACUUACCUAGGUGAGGUGUUGGAUGAUCAGAGAGACAAACUGCAGGAAAACCUUCUUGCUAAUGGAGUUGACCUGAACACUUACAUGACCCGGUUUCAGUGGGAUCUGGCCAAGUAUCCAAUCAAACAGUCGCUGAGAAACAUCACAGAGAUCAUCUCGAAGCAAGUAUCCCAGAUUGAAAGUGAUCUGCGAGUGAAAUCCACGGCAUAUAACAACCUUAAGGGUAAUCUACAGAACCUGGAAAGAAAGGCCACUGGUAACCUGAUAACCCGUUACCUUGGCGACAUUGUAAAGAAGGAGCACUUUGUGCUGGACUCCGAAUACCUUGUCACCCUGCUCGUCGUUGUGCAGAAGUCUUUCUUCCAUGACUGGAAAACGAAAUACGAGUCCCUCACAGACAUGAUUGUCCCACGAUCUUCUACUGUUAUAUAUGAGGAUGAUGAGAACUGUCUGUGUACGGUGACGCUGUUCCGACGUGUGGAAGACGAGUUUCGACAUAAAUGUCGUGAAAACAAAUUUGUUGUUCGGGACUUCACUUACAAUGAAGUGGAACUGGCCGCAGGGAAAAAUGAACUGAAGAAACUAGAUGCUGAUAAAAAGAAACAGUUUGGUCCAUUAGUGAAGUGGCUGAAGGUGAAUUUUGGGGAGUGUUUUACAGCCUGGAUCCAUACAAAGGCUUUGAGGGUGUUUGUGGAAAGUGUGCUGAGGUAUGGCCUGCCGGUGAACUUCCAGGCAAUGUUGUUGCUGCCCCACAAGAAGUCACAGCGGAGACUGAGAGAGGAGCUGAACAGAAUGUAUGAUCACCUCGACAAUACAGCAUUUACCGGCAUGGAUACUGGUACGGUAGACAUUCCUGGCCUGGCUGGUAUGGGCACUGACUACUAUCCUUACGUGUUCUACAAGAUUAACCUGGAGCUGGUUGAAGCCCGACAUUGAGACCUGACAUCGCAUAGAUCAUCACCACAUAUAGAUAUCCAGCAGUGUGCCAUGUCAUUGAAAUAGGAUAAUGAAAUGUAACACCAACUAACGCUUGGUUUUUAGAUUUAUAUUUAUACAAGGUUUAUCAUAACAUUAUGUUUCUUUCUAAAUUUUCUUAUCAAAUUGUCUCAAAUGUGUAUUUUCCAUUCCACUACUAUAGCAAUUUAUUUUGAAGAUCUAGUGCACAUAAAUGAGAUGAACUGAAAGUGUGAAAUAAAUACAUAUAAUUUCUCACCAACAUACAUCUACCAAUGAGGUUACUCAUGAUUUAUCUAAUAUUCUUGGAUGGCAAUUUCUACCUAGUCAUUUAAAAAACAGGCUCUGUGGAUAAACAUACAUUCCAUUUAGCAAUAUACUGUGGUCUCGAAAGAAAUAUAUGCAUAUGAGGAGUUUUGAGUUCAAGCUACGAUUCAAUGAUUGGCGGCUUCUUUUAGCCUUAAUUUAAUCAUACAGUGUAAUGAUUAGCAUUUAAAUAGGGAGAACAUUUAAAUCAGUGUUACAUGUAUAUUCAGUGAUACACCCAUGCAUAACAUUAGUUGGGAAAAGUAAGAGACAUUUUAUUUUAAAAGUUGCAAAAAAGGUAAACAAGUUGAAAAGCUGCGCAAGGCCCAUGACUUUGUAGCUGAUGUGUAACCCAGAGCUUCAGAGAAGGUUUUUACUGAAAGUGUAUUGAACAUCAUUUUGUAAUUUUGUCAAGUGUAGUGUACACCUUAUUUCAUUCAAUAAUGUGUAAUGGCGAUUGUUUACUGGAACAUUGAAGCGCAAACAUACAUGUAUUUUACAUACAUGAUUGGCAUAAUCCUAAAUGCAAAUUUUUUUUUUAAAACAACGGACAACAGUUAAUACGGUAUCCUUUGCAUAAUAAAACACAGGAGUGAUUUCACGCCUAAUUGGCACAUUUAAAAAUGUUAUAACAACCCUAUAGCUCUGGUAACAUCAAACAAGAAGUUUUAUCUAAUAUAGUCGUGCUCCAAUGACUUCAUUCUCUGUAUUUGUGUCCAUACAAUCUGAUUGGCUACAUUAAUCUUAGAUUCAAUUCAGAUCAAUAUAGAAUACACCCCUUCCCUUAUGCCUUCAUGUUUAUUGAUUUCAUACCAUGGUUUCCUUAUCGGCCACCAUAAGCUGUUUAACAAAUUGCUUAGAGAGUAUAAGUUUUAUUAUUGGUGUACUUUCUAGUCAAGAUUUGGAUGUAUGAAUCCUAUUGAUUAAAAUAACAUAAAAUUGUAUUCAAUGACCACUGCUCUAUGAAAUUCCAUUUAUGAAGACUUUAAUGCAUAUUGAGGGAUGUAGACAUUAACUAUUGUAGAUGUCCAUAUGUAUCUAGUUGUGUAUAGUUGUUGUAACCAAGACAAAUGUUCUGUGAUGGAGAAAGUGUAGGAUUUAGUACUAGGAAUGUGUGCAAAACUGAAGUAUUUAUUUCUUAUUUUGUAGAUAGAUACUACAGUUUUGAGCUCUGUCUUUUGAAUGACAUGCAUUUAUGUACAAGACUUAGUAUGUACUUUUUGUGAAUGUUAAGUUUUUUUCUUGUAUUAAAAUGAAAUCUAUCCCAGUUAUUGUGAACUUUUGUACAUAUAGGAAGAGCAUGUAUAAAGUAUAAAAAUAAAUGUCAAAAUGA